AUGGCCGAUGUUGCAGAUGCUCUCGGGGCGCUUGCUUCUGUGGCAGCGGCAAGCCGUGAGGAGUUGCGAGGAGGUUCUCCGUCGCGACCGACCCAGGGCCUGUCGUGCGCACCGGAAAGUCUGGCGCUCGGUCAAAGCAGGCAGCGAUUUAUUCAGCGACCUGAGAUGCAAAAAUGGGUGCAAUGCAAUAAAUGUCAAAAAUGGCGCAAGGUGCCUUACAACCUAAAGGAUGACGAGCUGCCCGAAGACUGGGAGUGCAAGCACAACGUCUGGGACAUGCGACACGCAUCGUGCAUGACUCCGCAAGCGCUAUCAAACGAGGAGAUUGAUCAUAUACUGGCGCUCCAGCAACAAGAACAGCAACAUGAGAAUCAGCAACACGAGAUGCAGUACGAGGAGCCUCCUUUCGAGGAGGCGGAGCCGGAGUACUAUGACGGUGAAGGGGGUGAGGAUGACUAUGUCGACGGCGAUGACGAUAUCGGCGACGGUGCCGAAGACGACCUCGAAGGCGGCAAGCGCAUGCGGGCAAAGUUUGGAAACCGCCCGAAGGUCCGCCGUGCGGGAUCGGAUGUUUUGCCUCCUGGCAUCCCCAGCCCUGCCAGGCGUGGCGGGCGAGGCGGGCGCGUCAGCGGUGCUCGUGGGCGUGGACUGACGCCGCGCGGCGGGCGUGGGGGCCGCGGGGGGCGGGGAGCCAGCCGCGGUGGACGGGGGGCACGCGCCACGGCUGGGGCCCUGGCCCGGAGCCGCUCCGGAGGGCGCGCAUUCGCCAGGGGCCUGCGCGGCGUCAGUGAAGCCGCGGAGGCGCUGCUUGGGAUGGGCGUAGCGGGCGAGGGAGACAUGUACGAUACAGAGGUCAACCCCAUGAUGAUGGACCCGGCAGAACACGUGCUGCUGCAGCGCCCAGAAUUUCCUUACCCACGGGACACGCUGCGACCGGGGCGGGUUGUUUGGGCGAAGGUGGAGGGCCACGACUGGUGGCCGGCGAAGAUCGUCCGGCGGCGUGCGGUUCCCCGGGAGGUCGGUCCGCCGCCCGGCGGUCAUAGCUCAGUCCUCCUCUACAUCCCUGUGGUGUUUUUCACCAACAAGGGGAUCCCCGGAGAGGUGGAGGAGCGCCUGGACACGGCACAGGGUAUCGUGGCCGCCAGCAUGCGGGCGCUGGGCGUUGGCGAGGAUGAUGAUGAUGAGGAAGCUGAGUACGCGUGGCUGCCCCUGGACUGCCUGAAACCCUUCAAAGUGGGCGACAUCAGCGGCAACGGUGGGGAAUCUGGCCCCAUUAUCGACCCCAACCUGCGCACCUCAAUCGCCCAUGCUGAGGCGGCCAUGCGCCAUGCUGAGCAGCCGGCUAAUGCUGCCAGCCUGCUGGCACCGGACGGAAACGGUGGUGGAGUGGCGCCCAAGCUGGAGGGCGCCAGCCUGGACGACGAUUUGCUGCUUGGGGGCGCCGCGCGGGCAGGGCUCACCGAGGAGGACUUUCAGAGUGACUCAGACGGUGGCUGGGGUGCCCCAGCACAUUUCCAGGCUGCAGUUGCCCGGGGCUUCCGCGGCCGCGGCGGUGGCGGUCGCGGUGGCCGGCGCGGUAGGGGCCGCGGCCGCGGCGGCAGGCGGGGCCGUGGCAGGCGAGGCAUCAUGCCGAGACCCAGCGAUGAGGAAGACGAUUUCCUUGAUGAACUUCCGCUGGAGCCGUUGCUGGUUAACACCGCGGAUCAAUUUGCCGUGGGGGUCACCACUGGCGUGGCGCCCGUGCAGAAGAAUUUUGUAGAAGCCAUUUACGGGUGGCGCUUCCCGCUCUCGGAGCUGGAGAAGGCGCAGGAGAGGGAUCGCCAGCGCCAGUUGGAGCUGGAGCGGCAUCGCAUCCUGCACCGCCUGAGGAAGAGCUCCGCGGCCGGAUCCCCCAACGCAGAGGCCAUUGCCGAUGCGGUGGCGGCGGCGAAUGCCCUUGCCGCGGCGGCCGCUGCCGCAAGCAAGGCUGCCGCCGCGGCGGCCAUCCCCAGCAACAUCCUCGCCACCGGCGCGGCCGUUUCCGGCGGUGGCGCCGGCGGCCACCAAACCGACCGCAUGGCCACGGACGAGGCUGACGCGGCGGCUGCACUUUUGGGGUUCGGAGACGAGGCUGACAAUGCGGUGGGAGGCCCCGGAGGUCUGGAGGGCGUCGACGGUGGAGACAUGUUGGGUGCGCUGGCGACGGACCGGGAGCCGGAGUACCUGGUGAAAUGGGCGCAUCGCAGCCAUAUCCAUAACGAGUGGGUGAAGGAGAGUGUGCUGAUGGGGAUGGCGCGCCGGAAAUUGCUCAACUUUAAGAAGCGUCACGGCGACCGGCCGUGCAAUGCCGUCGAUGAGACAUGGACGCGGCCCGAACGGUUUGUGUCGAGGCGGCCGUCUCCGACUGGGCCUGGCUGGGAGCUGCUGGUCAAGUGGUGCGGCCUGGGGUACGAGCACGCUACAUGGGAGGCCGAAGGCACCAAGCUGCUGCUGCUACCUGAGUACGUGGCGCUUCACACGGCUAUGUGGGCCCGAUGCAAGCGGGCACUACACAAGGCCUCUCGCGCUGCAGUCGAGGCCGCGGCAGAGGCCCUGGCCGAAGCCACGGUGUACGAGUCACGCGCGCUUGCGGACCUCUCAGAGCAGCCGAACUACGUUAUGGGCGCACGGCUAUACCCGCAUCAGCUUCAGGCGCUCAGCUGGCUGCGCCGUAUGUGGGCUGCGGGGAAGCACGCCGUGCUGGCGGAUGACAUGGGCCUGGGCAAGACGGCCACGGUGGCCACGUUCCUGCAAGGCCUCAUCCAUGACUUCAAAGUUACAGGGCCUCUGCUGGUGGUCACACCCCAGGUGCCCAAGGCCGAUGUGGUGAUAGCGGGCUACGAGCACGUCCUGUCCGACCUUGCAGUGCUCAAGGCGGUUCCCUGGGAGGUGGUAGUCGUUGAUGUGCGGCAGCGUGGACGUGGCAUCACGGCGCGCAACACCGGGACGCUGUCUGAGCUGGGCGGUCGCCACCGGGUGCUGCUGAUGGGCAGCAACCCAGCAGCGGCACCCCUGGAGGAAGUUGUGGGCUUUGCGCAGCUCAUACGCCCGGAUGUGCAGGCCUACGAGCCCAGUGAUUACUUGGCCAGUGAGGGCGCCGCUGAGGCCGCACGCAUCCGGUUGACGGACGCGUUAGAAGCUCGAUGUUGCAGACGGAUGGGCCGCGAGCUGGUGCGCCACGUCACGGCACGGCGGGAGGUGCAGAUACCUGUGGAGCUCAGCGAGCUGCAGGCCGAGUGCUACCGCACCGUUCUGGCCCGCCACUUUGAGGUACUGGCGGACCCGCGGCCGCCCCGCCACAGCGGGCACCGGGCGGCUAUGCUGCGACACAUCUGCAACGAGCUGCGCAAGGUAUGUCAGCAUCCGUACAUGCUGGAUGAGUUCCGUACGGAGGCUGCGGAGGAGGCGCUUCAGCCGGUUGGCGGCCAUCAGGGCUGUUCCGACGGUGCGCUGGCCGCCGGGGGCGCUGACGCCGCCGCCGCCACCGCGGCCGGCGGGGGGCUCCUUUCUCGCGCCAGCCUGACCCAACCCACGAGCCGGGGCAACGGGGCUGUCCCCACCGCAUCGGCUCAGGCGGCAGAGGUACUUCUGGCGGCCAGCGGCAAAAUGGCGGUGCUGGACCAAUUGCUGCAGGAGCUGCGGCGCCGUCGGCGCAGCGUGUUGGUUCUGUCACAAUCGGCAAAGACCUUGGACAUCCUGGAGUCGUACACCCAGCGGACGUUCGGCCCGACUGCCGCCGUACGCAUCGACAGCUCCACGCCUUCAGCGGUGCGCCACGCCAACAUCGCCUCGUUUAACGCCGCCGCAGACCAUGCAGCGACGGCGGCAGUUUCACCAGCGUCAGCGGCCUCGCCCACAGUGUCCCAUGGCGGCGCAGCUCCUCGGCUGACCCCAUCAGCGGCGGCCUCACCCUCCUCACCCUCCUCUGCCACUACCGCAUCUACCGCGCCGUUCAUCGUCCUCGCCACGUCGCGCAUCCUGGGACUGGGUACCAACUUGCCUAGCGUUCGCUCUGUGAUCAUUUUCGACAGCGACUGGCACCCGCGGCUAGACAUGCAGGCUCUACGCCGCGCCUUCCGCCUGGGAGAGCCCGGCCAGCUGGCAGUAUUCCGGCUAUAUGUGCGGGGCACGGUGGAGGAGCGGUUGUUGCAGCUGGUGGACCGGCGGAGAGGCCUGGAGCAGGCUUUCCAACAUGGCGGCACCGCCGCCGCAGUGGCUGGCCGCGGUGGUGCUGGCGGCGCCGCCGCCGCCGCCGGCAGUGCAUCAGGUACCGCCCUCGGCCUCAAGGCCUUGGACGAAGUGCUGAAGUGGGGCACUCCGCAGCUGUUCAAGCAGGCCGGUGAAGGUGUAGCGGCGACAGCGGACCCCGCAGGCGUGCCGGACGCGGCUGCUGCGCCGUCGGAGACAGAUGCUGGUGCAGGAUCUGAGGGAGCAGGUGUCGGGGGUGGUUUCGGAGCCACAACGACGGUUCGGCGUGGUCACGAGCGCAGCACGUAUUCAAAGGAGCAGGUCCGUGAGAUUCUGGAGCUAGGCCAGGCGGCAUGCUGCAAUGGGAGCGGAGCUGGAGGCGCAGCGGACGCUGCUGCGGCUGCUGCCGCUGCCGCAGCAGAGGUCGACAUGGCGGCGGACGGCAGUGGCGUGACCACGGUUGCUUGCGGUGGUGGCGAUGGCGGAGGUGUGCCGCUGAGUCCGGGUUUGGAGGCGGUGGCGGUACGGACGUGGGCAGACGUGGACAAGCGACUGGAGGGUGACCUGCCGGCUGCUUCAGAUGAGGCGGACGAGGAUCUCCCUGACGACUUGGAGGGCAUGGCAGAGGACGAUCCACAUGGCGUUGGCGCUGACGCCGUUGCCGCCGGCGCGGCGGUAUACGGCAGCGCCGAAGGCAAUGGCCUGGGUGCCUACCCCAAUGGCCUGCUGGCGCUUGGCCGCUCCGAAUCCGGUGCUGGUGGAGGCGGCGGCGCCGGGAAUGCGGCCUACUGGUCGGUGCUGUUGCGAGACCGGUAUGAGGCGAUGCGGAAGGAAGACGACGCUCAGGAGGAGCCGCACCACGUGGCCGCGGGUGGCCGCAGGAGCAGCGUCUUGGACAUGGACAGUCGGGAUGAUGGCGAUGACCUCGGUGACUUGGCCCACGAGGAUGACGAGGCGGAAGACGAAACGUACCGCCCGGGCCGCGGACCGGGAAGCGGUUCCUACGGCCUGCAGGACAGCUAUGACGACGGGCCGCGGCCCAGCGGCCGCGGCCGUGGCCGCGGCCGCGGUCGCGGCGGCCUGCUCACCGGUGGCGGCCGGGGCGGCCGCGGCCGCGGGGGCCGCCGCCGCGUCGACCACGACCUGGACGAAGGCGGGCUUUACGGCCCCGGCCCUGGCGGCAUGCCGGGCAAUGCUGGUGGGAACGUAAUGGCUGGUGGCUAUUUGGCGGACGACCGGCCUUUUAAGCGGCGUAAGAGAGGCUUGGGCGGCGUUGGCGGUGCGGAUGAUGGGGGCGCUGGCAUCGGAGACACCGCAGCGCAGGCCCGCGUGCGCGAGGUGCUCCUGCGGGAGGUCUCCAGGAUGGAGGCGGUCAAGAAGGCGAUUAGCGACGUUAGCUCGCCGGAGUAUGCGGUGGCUCAGCGGUCGUAUGCACGGCUCAAGGAGGUGGCGCAGGAGCUGGAGCUGCACGCCGACUCGGCGGCGGCCAUAAGCGACAUGGCAUGCCAGGUCGCGGACAUCCUGGUCAUGAUGCGACAGGAGGACGAGGCUCCCUCGGACUUCCAGGACUACACGCUAGUGGCCAUCAUCGCCGUGGCGGCUCACCUGGUCAAGGUGCAGCUCGGGGAGGAUUAUGGCCUCAGGCGGCUCGGCGAACGCUAUGGACACGACCUCGCUGCGUUGGACCAGGUGUUUUGGCACAUCUUGACGCGGCUCAGCUACUACCGGGAGCUGCACGUUCGCAGCUCCCAGAUGGCAGCGGAUGGGGGGUUCUCGCCGGGAGAGGCGGCUGCGCUGCUGGCGGCAGCCGGCGGUGGCGGUGGCGCAGCGACGGGCGGCGCCGGCGGGGACCGCGUUGGAGGUCGGGGAGGAGGAGGAGGAGGAGGAGGAGGGGACACGUCGGUGGGCGGUGGCGGUCGGCAAGGGGAGUCCAGUGGUGGGGGCGGCGGUGGGGCAGCCGGUGCCGCUGCUGCGACUGCGGCAGGGAUUGGCACUCAGGCGCAGGUGGUUUCGGAGGUGGACUCAUUCGCGAUGCGGUUGCAAGCCAUCCUCCAGUCGGAUGUCUCUCCGGUGGUUUACGCGCAGAUGGCCGGGGUGCUGAACGACCAGGGCAUGAAGACGCUGCUCAAGAGCACUCGCGAGUGCCAGGAGCAUCUGGUGGUGUUGGACAGGUCGCACAGCAUCAAGGUACAGCAGAUCCAGAAAGAGUACCAGGACUUUAUGGAGAAGGUGCGCAGCAAGGCGCAGGGCGCGAUCGAUGCCGCCAACCGCGACUAUCAGCACCAAAAGGCGACGCUGACGCAGCGCAUGAACCUUUACGUGGAGUAUUUGCAAUCCCAGCUUCCGCUACAGCGGUUGACAGAGAUGGCGCAGCAGCUGCAGCGCACCGCACAGCAGGCACAGCAGGCAACACAGCAGCAACAAAAUGCGACGUCUGCUGCGCCUGCGGCGGACAAGGCCUCGGCGUUGAUGGGUCACCUGGACACGGCGACUGCGCUAGCGGCUAUCGCUGCUGCCAUGCAAGGCAUGGCAGCUGGUGGCAGCAGCGCGGCGGCUAUGGCCAGCCUUAUGGGCCUUGGCCCACUGGGUGCGCUGGAUAUGUCGUCUGGCGCCGGCACCACGGGUGCGGCUGCCGCCGCAGCGGCAGCAGCAGCUGCUGCGGCGGCAACGGCAGCAAACCCAGCGGCGACGUACCCAGCAGCACCGGCAACUGCGACACCGCCUGGCGGCACGGAUACUGCCAUGGCCGAUACUAACACCGUGGCGCCGGCAGCAACGGCGGCGAGCCCCACUGCCAACGUGGUUCAGCAACAGCAGCAGCAGCAGAACGCGUCGGCGGUGCCUGCCUCUGCAGUCCCAGCACAGCAGCAGCAGUUGCAGGCCCACGUGCCGCCGACAGCGCAGCAGCAGCAGCAGCAGCAACAACAAGUGCUGGCCACGCAGGCAGCUCCGCCGCCUUCCGCAGCUGUGGCGGCUGCGGCGCCAUCACAGCCGCACCUGGCUGCAGUGCCGGCAGCUGCAGUGGUGGCUCCCCCUCAUUCCCCACACGCUCAGCAACAGCCGCAUCAAACUCAGCAACAGCAGCUGGCGCAGGCGCUGCUGGACCCGCGUACAGCGGCGGCGCUGGCGGCAGCGGCAGCUGCCUCGCCUCAGUCCGAGCACCUGUUAGCGGCACUCGCUGCCAACCGCAUCUCUGUGGACCAGAUCCCUGAACAGAUCCGAAACCAACUGUCAGCAUUAACCGGCGGCAGACCCAUCCAGGGCUACCUCGAGCAGCUAGCAGCGGCCGGAGGCCAAAGCAACACCAUGGCGGCGGUAGCUGCAGCUGUAGCCGCCGCCACCGCGGCGGCAGCUGCCUCUGGCGGCGGCAUGUACCGUGGAUCCAGCAGCAGCAGCGGCGGCAGAGCCGCGACCCCCGCCGCCGCUGCCUCAACUCCAACAGCCAAUGGACCCCAGCUAACCACGGCGGUCACGCCAGGGUCCAGCAGCAAGGCGCCGUCCCCGGGGGCAGCGGCAACGGCGGCAGCCAUCACGGCCGCGGGCCUCCAGGCGGCUGUUGUGGGUCUGCCAGCCGGUGCGACUUUGCUCCAGCAGCAGCCGGUCGCCCGCCGCUCCCUCAGCGGCGGCAGCUCAUGCCGGCCUCCUCUGCCAGGAGCUGUUGCGUCCCAUGGCGGCCCUGCUGCGCUGUCCAUCUCUCCGUCGACGUCCUCGGCCGGGGCGCCGCUGAAGCAAGCGCUGGCUGCCCAGCAACCGCAGCCUGCGCCGCCACCGUCCGCCGCCGCUGCACAGCAACCGCAGCAACCGCAUCCCCACGCGAGUGCAGCUGCUCAGGAGCAUAACCACCACGCCACCGGCACAGUGGCCCCAGCAGCGAUGCAAUACGGGAUGCACCAGCAGUCCGGGAUCAUUUCGGCAUCGUCAUCGUACCAGCAGCUGCUAGCACAGCAGCACCACGCAAUGCAACGCGCACUGGGCCCUCCGCCCCCGGGCAUGCCCAACGGGCGCCGACUCCUGCUUCCGUAUCUUCCCCUGCGGCACAGCCGGCUGCUGACGACGGCACCGCAGCAGGGCCGACGGAGGUUCCCCUGGCGAUUGCCACUGGAGCAUGGCAACAGCGUUCUGUGCCUGUACCGCGUGCUGGCAGCGCCUCGCCACCGGCGGUGGAACUUGGAGCACUACGGCCGCGUGGGGGGGCUUCAUCUGGGGGUGCAGCUGGAGGCGAUCACCGCGCUAUACGGCGGUGCAGUGGAGGCGGUGACGGAGGCAGCGGGCUACAGGCAGGGUGCCACAGACACGGACGCCGAACCCAGCUUUGCUCACAGAGUCUCGCACCCGCUGCAGCAUCACACGUCUAGCAGCCGCGCGCAGUCCUUGGCUGGUUACGCAGGCCAGGGUUCGGUUGGGUCCGCACAAGAAACGUCGAGCCAAGCCCUGGCACCGGCAGCGACAGCAACUGCAUCGUCUGUACACACCGCAACUGUCCCCGAUGCAAUGGUCCAUGCGGGAGUGGUCGCGCAACUCAACACGGCCGGGCUACGGCGGCAUCCGCCGCUGCAGAAGGAGCCGGUUCAAAAGUACCUGAGCGACGCUAUACCGGCUGCUAUACCGGCAGCUCAGGCAGCUAUGCCGUACGUACCACCCGCGGCAAUGGACGGCCAAAGCUACGCAGACCCUGUCACAGCUUUUUGCUCCAGAACCGUCGCGGCGGUGGCCGUUAUGCAGGCGGCUUACGACCACACAGCAUCCGCAGCCGCGGUGUUGUCGCACCACCACCACCAAGUGCAGGACGGCACAGCCACCCAAGCCAUCACGGAGCAUCAGGACGCAACCACGGAGGCGGCAGCACAGGAGCAGCAGCAACAGCAGCAGCAGGUGGUGGUUAACGGGGCCAGCCAGCUGCUCAGCCACGCCUCAUCGCCGCCGCAACAGCACCCAGCGAUUGAUGCGGUCCCCGCUGCGGGUUACGUAGCCGCCGACGGUGGUGCUAACUCAGCUUUCAGAGGGGAUCUUCAGGACUCGUCUCUGCAGGGCGUGUCAGCUGCCAUGGCGGGGUCUAAAGAGCUCGCUGUGGCUGCGCAGUCUCCUACGCGAGAGGCGUUGCAACUGUCUGCAGCGGCGGCUAUGGCGACUGUGGCGGCGGCUCACCAAACGGUGUACACGCAGCCGCUGCCGCCGCCGCCGCAGCAGCACGAGUCGGGGUUAGGGGCGACGGAGGCAGAAGCAGCAGCAGCAGGGUGUAGUGCAGGCGGGGACGGCCGCAGCGGCACCGGCGGUCAAACCCGCCCAGCCGCUGCCGCCAUGGCGGCGGCGCCGGGCAUGGCGACGACACAGCCGCGCGCGCCGUACGGGUACGACCAAGCGACGUAUGCGGCCGUUGCGGCGGCGGCGGCGGCCGCUGCUGGCCAAGGCUAUGGUACCGCGGGGUACGGUGGGCAGGUGGCGGCGCACAUGGCAGCUAUGGCUGCAUACGGCGGGCAGGCGGCAGCAGCGGCGGGUUACCCUGCGGCAGCUUACGCCGCUGGAAGUGAUCCAGCUGCUUUAGUUGCCGCUUACCAAUGGCAGCAGCAACAGGCGCAGGCACAGGUGCAGGCGCAGCAGGCUGUGGCAGCCGUGGCGGCGCAGGGGCAAGCUGGCAUGGAAGCGCUUUACGCACAGCAUGCGGCGCUGUACCAGCAGCAGCUCCAGCAGCAGCAACAACAGCAACAGCAAGUGCAGGCACAGCAGCAACAGCUGCAAGGGCAGACGGGCCAGGGCACAGCGGCCAUGGAUGCAAGUGUGGCAGGGGCUUCUUGA